AAGCAAUAAUAAUAUUUUACUACACCUACAGUUAACGCAUUGCCGUCACUCGAGUUAGUCACACUGCAAGUUGUCCUUCAACACUGACGCGUUCUCGAUAAUCAACACAUUUAUAUUGUUCGACGACGGCAUCAAUCCACACAGCGCGUUGCAAAAGUUACAGUUAGUCAAGUGAAAGGUUACAUGUGAGAUCUGUAAAGAUCAUCUUUAUAGAUCUUGCACUGUGCGUCCGGGCAGACGGACGUGAACAGCCGCCAUUACGUUAACGAUUCCGUCUGCUGGCUGUGCACUUGGAUCCGCCAUGUCGGGUGUGUGGUCGAUUCCGUUUCUCCAACUCUGCGCCGCCGCGGUUCUACUCGUCACGUUCCUGUGUUACGUGUACUUAACGUACCACUACGGGAAGUGGCCCGGGCUCGGCGUACCGCAUGCCGCACCAUCGCCACCGUUCGGUAGCCUGCGCGACGUGGUCAUGGGCAGCGUACCACUCGUCGACGCCAUCCAUUCGCUGUACCACCGAUUCGAUGGGCAACGGUAUUUCGGAAUCUACGAGGGACGCCAACCGAUGCUGGUGAUCCGUGACCCCCAGCUGGUACACACUAUCAUGGUAAAGGACUUCCGGUCGUUCGUCGACCGGAACGCGGACAAGGUGUCGUUCGUGCACGAUAAGCUGUUCGAUCACUUGGUGAACUUGCGGGGCGAACAGUGGAAAGCAAUCAGGGCCAAGUUGAGUCCGACUUUCUCGGCAGCCAAGCUCAAGUCCAUGUUGGGUGACAUAAACGUAUGCACAGCGCGUUUGAUCGACAACUUGAAUGGGCAGAUGAUGAAAAACAGUGGAAUUGUUGAUGUAAGUGAAGCGUCGGCUCAAUUUACAACUGAUACUAUUGGCCGUUGUGCAUUUGGACUGGACUGUAAUACAUUAUCAGAUCCAGAUUCAGAAUUUCGUCGUACGGGACGAGCCAUAUUUACUCCAAGACUUCGAUCAACUUUACUAAGUAUCACCAGACUACUUGGUUUUGGUCAGCUUUUAGAUGUAUUUAGGAUACGUGGUAUGCCUGGAAACAUUUAUGACUUUUUUGAUAAUCUACUUGAGACUACAAUGGAACAACACAAAUAUGGAGAAAAUGCACGUAACGACUUUAUAGCACUUUUAGUAAAAUUGAAAGAAGAAGAAAAACUGAAGGAACAAGGACAAAAACUAUUUACUGACGACAUAUUAGCUGCAAAUGCAUUCGUAUUCUUUGUUGCUGGUUUCGAAACCACAGCUUCAACAAUAAGUUAUUGCUUGUACGAGCUAGCGAUGAAUCCAGAAAUUCAAAUAAAAUUACGAGAAAAUAUCAAACAAACAUUGAACGCAAACGACGGAAAGCUCGCAUACGAUACGUUAAAAGACAUGAAAUAUUUGGAUAUGGUGAUAAACGAGACAUUCAGACUGCACCCACCAGUUCCCGUUUUAAAUCGAGUUUGCACUCAAAAGUACACAAUUGAGGACAGUAACAUAACACUAAAUGUCGGAGAGAAAAUAAUAAUACCCACAUAUUCAUUACAUCACGAUCCCAAGUAUUAUUCCGACCCAGAAAUAUUUGAUCCAGAACGAUUCACUGAAGAAAAUACAAGUUCAAGACCACACGGCACGUUCCUCCCGUUUGGAGAUGGACCUAGGAUAUGCAUCGGCUUACGAUUUGCGAUGAUGGAAGCGAAAACUGGACUAGCUGAAAUAUUGUCGAAAUUCGAAGUAUCGCCAUGUAAAGAAACACAAACUCCGAUCAAAAUUAGGCCGAGAUCAAUUUUACUCACGCCAAAUGAAUCGAUUCGUUUAUCAUUCAAAAGUGUUGGUCAAUUUGUAUCAUUUGUGAUGAUCUGCUUCAGUUGUUGGCUGGAGAUCGUGCCGAUUGCCGCUAUUACGUCGGCGCUAUUGGCGUACGUGUACUGCACGCGCUACUAUGGACACUGGACAGCGCUGGGAGUGCCGCACACCAAACCGACACCGUUGCUGGGUCACUUCGCCGGGCCCACAAUGGGCCGUGAGUCGGGCACCAUCACAGUAGACACGCUCUACCGGCGGUUCACGGGCCACCGGUUCUUCGGACUGUACCAGCUCCGGCACCCAAUGCUGGUAGUGCGUGACCCGGUGCUGGUACACGCGGUGCUGGCCACAGAGUUCGCGUCGUUCCACGACCGAGUGAUGAGCCGGACGUCGUUCGAACACGACGGGCUGUUCAACAGCUUAGUGAACCUAAGGGGAGACAAGUGGAAAGCCGUCCGAGCCAAGUUAAGUCCCACGUUCACCGUGGCCAAGCUUAAAGCCAUGUUCGCCAGUUUGCACGUGUGCACCGGCCAACUCACCGACAAACUGCUGCUCCUUACGUCCGGUGGCCAAGGUAUUGUUAAUGUCACCGAUAUAUCAUCAAAAUUUACGAUAGACACAAUUGGAAGGUGUGCUUUUGGGAUAAAUUGCAAUACAUUGUUUGACGCAAACACAGAAUUUCAACGAGCUGGACAGGCAGUCUUUACACCCACAUUGAAAUCGUCUGUAUUAAACUUUAUGAGGUUAAUUGAUCUAGGAUGGCUAGUCGAUUUGUUUAGAUUACGUAGUAUGCCCGAUCUCGUCUAUGAAUUUUAUUUAAAUUUAUUUGAAGAUACACUGGAGUUGCGUAAAAAUGAAAAGGAAGAUCGUAACGAUUUCAUUUCAAUUUUAAUAAGAUUGAGGAACGAUGAAAAACUAAACAACAGUCGAGUUGAAUUAUUUACUGACGAUGUCUUAGCUUCAAACGCAUUUGUAUUUUUUGCGGCUGGCUUUGAAACCACUGCAUCUGCUAUGAGCUAUUGUCUGUACGAGUUAGCUUUGAAUCAAGAAAUUCAAAUUGAAUUGCGCAAACAAAUCAAACAUACACUAGACGAAAACGAAGGGAUUCUCACUUACGAUGCGAUAAAAGAUAUGAAGUAUUUGGAUAUGGUGUUGAAUGAAACGUUGAGAAUGCAUCCACCUGGGCCUGGUCUACUGCGAGUGUGUACAAAAAAGUUUAAAAUACCAGACAGUGACAUAACUUUGGACAUCGGUACGAAAGUGCUGAUACCUACAUAUUCACUACAUUAUGAUCCCAUGUAUUAUCCAAAUCCAGAAUUGUUUGAUCCCCUACGGUUCACAGAAGAUAAUAAAGCGUCGAGACCAAAUGGAACGUUCCUUCCAUUUGGCGACGGACCCAGGAUUUGUAUUGGUCUGCGAUUCGCACUUAUGGAGGCCAAAACAGGACUAGCAGAAAUAAUAUCGAAAUUCGAAAUAUUUCCGUGUGAAUAUACAAAAAUUCCCAUUAAAUUAAAUCCAAGAUCUAUUCUACUGACACCAAAUGAACCAAUACGUUUAUUGUUUAAACAAAUCACAUGAUUUUUGAGUAAAAAUAAAAAUAAAAUACUAUAUUUUUUUA